AUGUCCAAUGUGCAUACCUUAAAAGAUAUCGAGAAUAGAGAAGCAGUUGGAAGAUCACUAGGUAAACAGAUCCCUCCAGGUCGUCGGCUUGGUAGUAUUCAUGAAUUAGAACUUGAAAAAGCAUUGUGUGGUAGCAUCAAAACUACUUUUGAUAUUGCUAGUAAUUAUAAAAACUUGCAGGAUUUUAGUCAGCUAAAUACAGCUAAUACUGAGCUUAAAGCCAAAUAUACUACUGAAAUCAAAUCACUUAAAUCAAAUAUUAAAUUACUAGAGAGAGAGACAACUUUGACCCAGAAAAAUUUGUCCGCUGACAAGAUCAAGAUUCUCUUUCUUGAAGUUAAAGUACGUGAAUUGGAAGGCAAGUUAGAGGACAUAGAUCUAGAGCCGGUAGAAAUGCAAAAGCUAUCAGAUUGGCUUUAUGAUAAUUUAAGAAGUAUUGUCUGUAAGCUUGGGCUUGAAGAUAAAGUAAUGGAACUCGAUAAAAAACUUGCUAAGAAAGAUAUAUUGGAG